UAUACAAAGUUUAGAUUUUUCUUGAACUAACAUGUCGAAGUCAUCGGUCGCAGUAGUUCGCACUCUAUGGUUGAGAAAACCCUAGAAGUUCCUGGAAAAGAAGCAGAAGCCUCUGUUUUUCAGGUGAGAGAAAAGCAUAAAGAGAUGAAGAAAGGGACUUCGUCUUGGAAUCUCUGCAAAGAAAGACGACGACUUUCCGAGUUGGUAUUCUCAGGUUUGCAGAUUCGGUGAAUUGAUAACCCUCUCCGAUACAAAAGGACUCUAUGUUCCCAGAGCCAUCAGCAACAAAAAUCUGGAACAUUCUAAGAAGUAAUAUGGAUGCAGAGCUGGGUGGCGUGGAGGAAAAGAAAUUCCCCAUGUUAAUAAAACGUGAUUCCCUCGAGAAGGAGAAGGACCACAUCGGAGGGUUUAAGCCAGAGGUUGCUUGGGUCACAAGAGCUGGUGAACCAGCGAGACCAUCAUCUACCCUUACGUCCAACACGCAUGGUGUUCGAGCUGGGCAACAAAGUGCUAAGCAUGCUAUUGGUUUCAUAGAGGCGAUUAUGCUUAUUGGAAGAGAAGAAGGUGUUAAAGGUUAUUGGAAAGGAAACUUGCCUCAGGUGAUACGGAUUGUGCCUUAUAGCGCGGUCCAGUUGUUUGCAUAUGAAGCAUACAAGGGGAGAAGACGGUCAAUUGUCUGUUCUUGGGGCUGGUGCUUGUGCUGGCAUGACCUCUACUCUGAUUACAUAUCCUUUAGAUGUGCUGAGAUUGAGGUUAGCUGUUGAACCGGGGUGGGUAUCGAACCAUGUCCCAGGUAUGUUAAUUGGAAUAUAUAGACCAUAAACUCUAAAGCUCCAUAAAUUCUUCAAAUUAAAAAGCGCAAGUUGCCACAUGCUGAGGGAGGAAGGACUUGCAUCAUUGUACAACGGUCUGGGUCCUUGGCUUUUAAGUAUAGCUCCUUACAUUGGCCUCAAUUUCUGCGUCUUUGAUCUGGUAGCCAUUGCUACGGGUACUUGCUAUCCGUUGGAUACCAUUAGAAGACGGAUGCAAUUGAAUUGAAGGGUAAUCCUUAUAAAUCCGUGUUUGACGCCUUGUCAGGUAUAAUAAAAGACAUCCUUAUCUGCUGAUUAAUAAGAUUAGUUUUGGCCUUUUGGAGUGAUUGGAUUGUACCGUGGGUUUGUCCCGAAUGCCCUGAAAAGCAUGCCAAACAGCAGUAUAAAGCUGACAACAUUUGAUAUCGUGAAGCAGCGAGUGAGAAGGAGUAGCAAAAAAUAGCGGAUGAUAAUCGCAAGACCUGAAGCUCUUUUUUACCCCCCGUAAUCCUAUCAUCUUUUCUUUGUUGAAUGUUUUUGUGGUAGACAUGAUUUUUGAAUUGAAUCAUGAAAGCUCACGCAGAGAGUUGAGAAGAGUAGUUCAUGUAAUGUAUGGUAAUAAAUGUUUUGUGUCGAAUAAUUUUUCGGUUUACCAAAUAAA